UUCUCCGUUAGCUUCCAGUUGUCAAGGGACUUGGCGGCGAGCAUCAGGAGUACGCCCAGGGACUCCCCAAUAGCGCCUCCUCCAGCUCUGCAGCCUGGGCUCCACGGCCCUACCCUCCGCCUGCCCUGCGCCUCGCACCGUGCCCGCCGCCGCCAAGAUGCUCGCCCGCGUCCUGCUGCUGUGCGCAGCCCUGGCGCUCGGCCACGCAGCAAAUCCUUGCUGUUCCAGCCCGUGUCAAAAUCGCGGCGUAUGUAUGACCACAGGGUUUGGUCAGUACACAUGCGACUGCACUCGUACAGGAUUCUACGGGGAAAACUGUUCGACACCUGAAUUUCUGACAAGAAUAAAAAUGUUACUGAAACCCACCCCCAACACAGUGCACUACAUACUUACCCAUUUCAAGGGAGUUUGGAACAUUGUCAAUAACAUCCCCUUUCUGCGAAAUGCCAUUAUGAAAUAUGUGCUGACAUCAAGAGCACAUUUGAUUGAUAGCCCGCCGACUUAUAAUGUUCACUACGGCUAUAAAAGCUGGGAAGCCUUUUCCAACCUCUCCUAUUACACCAGAGCCCUUCCUCCUGUACCUCAUGACUGUCCUACUCCCAUGGGGGUGAAAGGAAAGAAGGAACUUCCUGAUUCGAAAGAGAUUGUGGAAAAAUUUCUUCUGAGAAGAAAGUUCAUCCCAGAUCCCCAGGGCACCAAUAUGAUGUUUACAUUCUUUGCCCAGCACUUCACCCAUCAGUUUUUCAAGACAGAUCAUAAGCGAGGACCAGGUUUCACCAAAGGAUUGGGCCAUGGGGUGGAUUUAAAUCAUGUUUAUGGUGAAACUCUGGAUAGACAGCAUAAACUGCGCCUUUUCAAGGAUGGAAAAAUGAAAUAUCAGAUAAUUGAUGGAGAGAUGUAUCCUCCCACUGUCAAAGAGACUCAGGCAGAGAUGAUCUACCCGCCUCAUGUCCCUGAACACCUGCGGUUUGCUGUGGGCCAGGAGGUCUUUGGGCUGGUGCCUGGCCUGAUGAUGUAUGCCACAAUCUGGCUUCGGGAACAUAACAGGGUGUGCGACGUGCUUAGACAGGAGCAUCCAGAAUGGGACGACGAGCAGUUGUUCCAGACAAGCAGGCUCAUACUGAUAGGAGAGACUAUUAAGAUUGUGAUUGAAGACUAUGUGCAGCACUUGAGCGGCUAUAACUUCAAACUGAAGUUUGACCCCGAGCUGCUUUUCAACCAAGAAUUCCAGUACCAAAACCGUAUUGCUGCUGAAUUUAACACACUCUACCACUGGCACCCUCUUCUACCUGACGCCUUUCAAAUUGAUAACCAGGAGUACAGCUAUCAACAGUUUAUCUACAACAACUCUAUAUUACUGGAGCAUGGACUUACCCAGUUUGUUGAAUCAUUCACCAGGCAAAUUGCUGGCAGGGUUGCCGGUGGCAGGAAUGUUGCACCUGCAGUACAAAAAGUAGCACAGGCAUCUAUUGAUCAGAGCAGAGAGAUGAAGUACCAGUCUGUCAAUGAGUACCGCAAACGCUUCCGGAUGAGACCCUUUACGUCAUUUGAAGACCUUACCGGAGAGAAAGAAAUGGCUGCAGAGUUAGAGGAGCUCUAUGGUGACAUUGAUGCUAUGGAACUCUAUCCUGCCCUUCUGGUAGAAAAGCCUCGUCCAGAUGCCAUCUUCGGUGAGACCAUGGUAGAACUGGGAGCACCAUUCUCCUUGAAAGGACUCAUGGGUAAUACUAUAUGUUCUCCUAACUACUGGAAGCCUAGCACUUUUGGUGGAGAAGUAGGCUUUAAAAUCAUCAACACAGCCUCAAUCCAGUCUCUCAUCUGCAAUAACGUGAAGGGCUGUCCCUACACCGCAUUCAGUGUUCCAGAUUCACAGCUCAGCAAACCAGCCGUCAUUAAUGCAAGCUCAUCCCACUCCAGGCUGGAUGAUAUCAACCCUGGAGUACUGCUAAAAGAACGUUCAACUGAACUAUAAAAGUCUACUGACCUUAUUUAUUUAUUUAUAUGAAGUAUUUCCUCUAACUUAAUUAUUUAAUAAUAUUUAUGUUACACUCCUCAUGUUACAUCUGUAACAGGAAGCAGUUCUCCUGUUGCAGAGAAAGGGAUCAUACUUGUGAAGCUUUUUGUGUGUUACUGCUUUGAAGACGUAUUUUCUUCAUGAUAAAGGGGAAGACAGUUUGUGUUAUAAUAAGAACAAAAGCAGAAACAAUAAGAACAAAAACAUACAAGAACACUUAAAAACCAAAUGCUGUUAACAAGAUGGCAAAAUGCUGGAAGUUUCUGCACUGUUGAUAUUGCCAGUGUAUCUUCCAUGUUGCAUCAGAAGCAACUCAAAUUUUGGAAUACUGAAGUGGUUCUAGACAUUUUAUCUGUUAUCAGACAAACAAACAAAGGCACAAAUGCAUUUUUAAAUGCAUUUCUAAAUUACACUAGCGAUAAUCUCAGGUCAGUUUUUUUUAAAGCAGCAUUGAAACAACUUAAAAUUGGCUUUGAGAAUGUAACAGAGGAUGUGCAUAAACAGGAGCGCUCUGUUUAAAAAUGCGUCGCAGGGUAGAAUCACUUUUAAAAGCUUGUUUUAUUUCCUGUACUAAAGUAUAGGAAAUAAACUUGUACUUCCAUCAAUAGAAGCUGUCACAAAUUUAAAUCUAUAAAAUCAGUGCAAAUUAGUGAUUAAAACAUUGCUUAAGAGAGAAAAUCUACUUAAUGUUAUUGUUAUACCUUCCUCUGAAUAUCAAAAUGCCAGAUGUAUUAGGUGGUGGAGCCACUGCGGGCAUAUCUUCAAUUAAAAUAAGAACAUUUAAGAGAUUCCAGAAUUUGUUUAUAUGGCUAAUAUCAAACAAAAUCUAUAGCAGCCAAAAAAUCCUAUGUUUAAAACAGACAAUAGCAAAGAAAACCAAAGUAUAGUUCAACUUUGCGUUUAAACUCUUGAGGGACAGACUUCUGUUACUGAGUACUGCAGGCCUGGUGCUCAGGAGAUUUUGCUGUGAGGUUACUGAAUUACUGAGCUGGUCUUAGGUUACAGUUUGUUUUCUCAGAUUUACUAUUGCACAGUAUGACUUAGCAGUCCAUGGUACAGUGCAAAAAGGUAGCAAAGGCCUCAUAGAAUGCCUCUGAAAAAUCCGUAAAUUCAUUUCACACAUUAAUUUAUUGGAUUCUUGACUAAGCCAACUCAGUAUGUACGUUUGAAUCAAGCCGGAUAACCUGCAUGCUGCUCCGUUGAUUCACUUUCAGCCAUUUUGCUGAGAGAAACUCUGUUCUGGUCAUUUUACCUCUUCUAUUUUGUUUUCAUAGUUUUAAGAUCUGAGUUAGUCUGUCUUUGGACUCUUGGCCUAUAUUUUCUUACCUAAACUUUUGCAAGUUUUCAGGGAAAUCUCAGCUCAGGACUACUAUUUAAGGCCUCUUAAGAUAAUUAAGUCCCUGGGUAGUGCAAACAGUUAACCCACUUAGCUGCUAACUGAAAGGUUGGAGGUUUGAGUCUACCCAGAGGUGCUUCAGAAGAAAAGCCUGGUGAUCUGCUUCCAAAAAAUCAGCUCUUGAAAACCCUGUGGAGCAAAGUUCUACUCUGGCACACGUGGUCACCGUGAGUUGGAAUCAACUCGAUGGCAAUUAGUUUUUUGGUUAAGAUGACUUAAAAAAAAAAAAAAAAAAAAAGAAGCUCUUAAGAAGACGGAGCAUGAGCUUACUUUAAGGGAAAGACAGAGAAUGUUGCUUAUAAUUCAGCUAUCUGUAACCAAAGAGGUUAGUGUCUUAGAAAGAACUGUAGGGAUUCUGUACAGAAGGAAGUUACAUUCCUAUUCUAAAGAAUGCCCUUUCUUGUUUAAAAAAAAAAAAUUCCUGAACAGCUGCCAGCAAGGUGAUACUUCUUCUUUUCCACAUCUCAUUGUCAGCUGACAUUUUUCUGGUACUGUAUAUUAUUUAAUUUAUUGAUGAUUAUUAUUUAUGUUUUAUUAGGAUGUUUAUGUUAUAAACUUGGUUUAAGCCUGCAAUCGUUGAUUUUUUUUCAUUAUGUCAGAAUCAAUAUUUCUUAUUUUGAGUUACCUCUCUAAAUUAUUAUGGAAACAUAAAAUGAUUAGAUUAAGAUUUGUGAAUAAAUUAUACUGUAGCCCAACUACAGUAUAAUGAAACAGCUAAGGUUAGAAUUCAUGUUGUUAGGGUUUACCUACACACCAGCCCACAGAGAACAUUGUCUCUCACUAGCCUGGAUGUGCCGUGAUACUGACCUUAUAGUACUGACCUUUUAUGCAUUCUUUGAAGAACCUGUGGGUGCUUCACUAAUUCAUUCAACCAUAAUUUAUUAAGAAAAUAUUCUGUACAAAGUACUGUGGGUUUUAAUAUUUUUAAAUCAGGCACUAUUACAGAUAAUAUAGUGUUUGUGUAAAUAACUGAAAAAAAAGUGUCUCUGGAAAGUAGGAGAAAUGAGACAAGUGUCAUUAGAGAAAUAACUCAGGGGAAUUUUUCUUUAAGAUUAUAUGCUUAAAAGGUUUCAUGUUAAAAAAGAAAUAGUCACUGUUAGAAGUACACGUAUAAAAAAUUGUUUAACUUCACUAAUGUUUGCAAAAGAAAACUUGAUUUGUUUUUCACAUCCACCUGCUGACUGAUCCUGAGUAUUGGGGAUCUGUAUGUGAAUGUUUUAGCGCCUCAGACAAAUGUAUAUUUAAAUUAACUUAUGUAAAAAGGAAGCCUGGAAAUAAAUGUCUGUUUAUUUUUGUACUAUUUAAGAACCGAAAAAUCUCUUCUGAAAAUCAAUUUUAAUUGUCUCUACAUAUCUUUGACAUGUAAUUUCUUUAUAUACUUUGUCCUUAAAGUAAACCACUGACUUGUGUUCUCCUACCUAUUCAAAACUAUACUGGCACUUAAUAAAAUGGUUCUAUCCUCAA